UUUUGCAUUUUUGCAACACAAGUUAACGGAAUUUCAUUACGAGCGGUUGUACGAUGCGGUGAGUGGCGCAGUGGAMAAAUAAAAUAACAAAAAAUGCGAAACAGCAACAAACAAAACGGAAGUGGGGAUAUAUGAAACUAAAGAAUUUAUACAGAACAAAAGGUUCAAGCUCUUAGCCAGCAUAUGUUURUACAAAUUCCCAAAAAAGUGCAUAAAAGUUAUAUUAAAAUUGCAAAAUUGCCUUYCUUAACGAGUAGUCAGCAUCUGAGCUGCAAUCAUUGAUUUUACCCAUCUGUAUUGGUCUCGGAUAGGGCAGCUGUCACAAGAAUAAAGUCAGCAAAGGCAGCCAACAGAUUCACAAGGGUGCAGAGAAAAAAAAAAAUAACACUAGAUCUUCACUUUCACAUCAACGCGGCUAACUAUCUUUGAAUGACGAUUUUGGCUCGGUCAAAACUUGAACCCACAACACACCAACGCUCAGCAUCAACGCCUAUCAGGUUUCAUUUAUUAUGCUUGACUGACUUAUUUCAAAUUUGGCUUUAUUCAGUUAAUGUCGUAAGGUUUAAAUAUUAGUCGAAUACACUGUUCAAGAGCCCACAUGUUUGUUUGCAAAUUUUCAAGUUCAAUGAUUAGCACUCUGAAGGUGCAUUGUGGMACAAUUUGAAUUUCUCAUAAUGAAAAGUGUUAUAGGUACAAGACUGAAAGAUUGAAGAAACAGAAGUGCUCAAAUGAGAAUGUGGAACUGAGCAACCAAUCGAAAACUGCUAGAAAACCACCGAAAAUCUAGAGUAUCAAUUGUGGGCGGUUCCAACACCUACUCCGAAGAACAAAAGACUUAAGUUAAAUAACAGUAACAAUAAAAAUAGCGGAGUGCAAAAUUGAAAAAUGUCGUCCCGUCUUAAGGAGAAAGUGACMGCGGCUAUACGAAAAUUCAACAAGAGUAGAAGUCGCAGUGGCAGUGGUGAUAAAACGGCUGACGCUGCGGUUAGCGCAAGUGGGAAUAGCUCUGGAGGAAAUGUCGGCGGCAAUGUGGCGGCGAAGAAUUCAAACGGUAAUGCCCUAGGCGCCGGUGUCGUAGCUGAAUCGCCGGGUAGACGUCUACGUCGACAGGAUAACAGAGUUUCACCAGCUACAAGUAGAAUGGUUAUGUCAGUCAAUGUUCAACAUGUUCCCGAUCACAGUAUUCGGGCACGGCGCCUAAUGAAAGAAUAUAAGGAAAUACAAAAAGUGCACAAUAGUAAAAACGACCCAAUAUUCACGGUGGAACUUAUAAACGACAAUCUGUAUGAGUGGUACGCACGACUUCAUAUUGUCGAUCCAGAUUCGAAAUUAGCGAAAGACAUGGCUGAGAUGAACAUUCCAUUUAUACUCCUGCAUCUUGUAUUUCCCGAUAAAUUCCCAUUCGCACCGCCUUUUAUGAGAGUAGUCGAACCGAGAAUCGAAAAGGGGUUCGUAAUGGAAGGUGGAGCUAUUUGCAUGGAACUUUUAACGCCACGCGGUUGGGCCUCAGCGUACACUGUAGAGGCGGUCUUAAUGCAGUUUGCAGCGAGCUUGGUUAAGGGACAGGGACGUAUUGUACGAAAAACAAAGGGUUCGAAAGAUUUUAGUAGACGAACUGCGGAGGAAGCAUUCCGUUCAUUGGUAAAAACACACGAAAAAUAUGGCUGGGUAACUCCAGCACUUUCUGACGGUUGAAUGGCCAUACACUUGCUACAUCUGUGUACACAAGUGGUGUCAGAAAA